UCGGCGCCACCCCAAUGCCUCCCUUAGCAACUUGCCCUCUUCCAUCCCGCAGGAGUGACGCACCCACCCGGACACACGUCGACAACCAACGAUGCCUUCCUGCCGCGUCGUCUUCCAGUACUCGUGCGACAUUAAUGUCCUUCAAAGUAAAAAUAUUCAUCUUCUCACGCGCCGUUAUUCCCCCCUCCCUCCCCGCAAACAGUUACUUUGGCGUUUGCAUAUACCUGUUCGUGGAGCUCACCAUCGUGUACAUGGGGGGUACGAGCUCAAUGCUGAGCAAGCUUGAGAACGAGUCCUUCCGCACGAGCACGGGGCCCUGCUGCUGCUGCUGCCUCUGUCUGCCCACCGUGGAGUUCAACAGGAUCAAUAUAAGGAUUCUCCGGCAGAUCGUCAUGUACAUUUUAUGUGUGCGGCUCAUCAUUCUUUUCAUCGGCAACGUCUUCGUCAUCGACGGCCUCAUCAUCCCGGGCAAACUGAACGUGGCGAGUCUGGGCUCGUGGGUCAUGAUGAUGCCGUCCCUGCUGACCCUGUUCGCCGUGUGGCCCGUCUCGAUGCUCUACUCCCACGUCCGCGUCCAGCUCGCCCACACGCACAUCCUGCCCAAGUUCAUCAUCAAUCAGGCCGUCCUCAUCAUCACCACACUACAGAGCUCCUGCUUUAACUUUGCGGUGCUGUUCGGUGGCAUCAAAUGUGACGAGAUUCUUCCAGCUCGCAACAAAGGACUCAUACUGCACCAGCACCUAAUGAUCCUGGAGAUGUUCAUGUUGGCGCUGGUGACCCGCUUCUACUACAGCAAGGCCAUUUCAGAGACCACCACAGAAGACGACGCCUGUAAAGUAAUUACGCCCUCCCAGCAAAUGGAGAAGAUGGACGUGUGAGAGGCAAUCCAGACGUACGUCGAGAGGCAGUCACGUGACAUGGUUGGCUUUGGCUCUGGUUGGUGCAUGCAAUGAAAUGGGGGCCCCUGUCCACCUUUUACCACCCACCCCCAGUACCCAUUUUGCGGCCUGUUGCCUCGGCCCCUCUGGUAUAGUCCUCGGGUGGGAGAGUAAUUGUAGCACCUUCCCACUCGAUAGAUCCGCCACUACUGUCUCGAUGCACAGUGGAGUUUUGAAUCUGUGUCCACUGCAUUGUAGGUUGGGUAGCCAGAUAAUCGCCAUCUGUAAAAUCUAAACUGCUCAGCCCACAAUUGUUGGACCAGCCUACCUGACUGCUCUUUUCAGAUGUGUAAUCGUAUAGAUUUUCCACUGCCAUAGAUCCUCUUUGGAAGGUAAAUUUACUUGUAAGAUAAACCAAUGAGGCAAUGAGUCGAACAUUCUUGGCCACUUUGUGCAAUUUUACGUAGCAUUUUUAUAUUUGUUCAACAUUUUUUUUCCCACGGCCAUAUCACGAAACUGUUUAUAAACAAAUGACUGCACCUUAAGUAUGGUAGAUUGUGUGGAAUUGUAUGGUACAAUUUGGGUCUCGAACUAGAAUAAAUAAUGGAGUCUAUAGAAGUAAGAAUGAAUAAGCAAUUUAAAACAUGAACUAUUUAAUGAAUAUUUUGGCAUAAAAUUUAGCCCAAGAUAUAAAUUAGUUAUUUAUAUGGGCCUAUGAAAUAUAGACAUUUAAUUGCACUGGCAAUAAAAUGUAAAAUACUGUCGGAUUAACACAUGGGCAGUUUGAGUUCACGAUGAACUAAACGUGUCUUAUUUAAUUCAUAUUCAUGCCAUUAAUCACUUAAAAUAUGUUUUAUGUGAUUGAUAAUAAAAUGUGAAAACAUUUGUAUAUGCUGUACAUAGUAGUCUGGGAAAUUAUGUGAUAAUGUAAAUGAUGCAUUAAAAACAAUAAAAUAUUGUAUAUAUUUACCAAAAAUUG